GGCUCCUUUCCUGUGGAUGAUUUGGACACUCAGGAGAGUGUGUACCUCGUACAGCAGCAGCUGUGGGCCCUGCAGGACUGUUCCCGACGUCGGGCUGUCAUCCUGAAAUUCAGUCUUCAGGGUCUCAAGAUCUACAGUGGGGAGGGCGAGGUGCUCCUCAUGGCCCAUGCUCUGAAGCGUAUCCUCUAUGCCACCUGGUACCCACCCGCCUGCCAGUUUGCUUUUGUGGCCCGGAACCCACGCAGCCCAGCCAGCAAGCUCUUCUGCCAUCUCUUUGUGGGGAGCCAGCCUGGAGAGGUCCAUAUCCUGUAUCUGCUGCUCUGCCGUUCCUUCCAGCUUGCUUACCUCUUGCAGCACCCUGAGGAGAGGGCACAGCCUGAACCCUGCCUGGCACCUGUAGGGGACAUGUCCCCGAAGCCACUCUGCAGUCCUGGGGUACCCCCUGCCCUAGUGCGGGAGCCCUUCAGCCGGGAUCAGCUGUCUCAGAAUGUCCAUGCCCUGGUCUCCUUCCGGCGGCUUCCUGCAGAAGGGCUCCUGGGCAGUAAUGGGAAGGAGCUGCCAGAGCCAGAGGGCCGUGGGGGCACCCGUCACAUUCGCCUGGGGAACCCCUACUGCUCACCCACACUGGUGCGCAAGAAGGCCAUUCGCAGCAAGGUGAUCCGCUCUGGGGCCUACCGAGGCUGCACCUAUGAGACGCAGCUGCAGCUGUCAGCCCGGGAAGCCUUUCCUGCUGCAUGGGAGGCAUGGCCCCGUGGCCCUGGUGGCCCCUCAUGCCUGGUGGAGAAUGAAGGAAGCCUGACAGAGAACAUCUGGGCCUUUGCUGGCCUUUCCAGGUCCAGUGCUCUUGCCUUGCUGCGGAGAGAUGUGCACGGAGCCUUCCUGCUGUGGCCGGAGCCAGGUACCAGCGGCCAGUGGAGCCUGUCUGUACGGACCCAGUGUGGCGUGGUGCCUCACCAGGUCUUCAGGAACCACCUAGGCCGCUACUGCCUAGAGCACCUGCCAGCGGAGUUCCCCAGCCUGGAGGCCCUGGUGGAGAGCCAUGCUGGGACGGAACGCAGCCUCUUCUGCCCACUCAGCAUGGGUCGUCUCAACCCUACCUACGAAGAGCAGGACUGUGGUCCCGACGGCAGGUUCCCACGGACUCUGCGGCCCCUCAGCCAUGCCAAGUCUGAGGCAGAACUGCAAGGCCUGGGCUAGGACACAGCAAACUCUCAGUCUCCUGUGGGCCCAGCCUUGCCUCAGCCCCUGGGCAACCACGGUCAUUUUGCCCUUCCUGCACCCCAUCCACUGGUCACCAGCUCCAAACAGGUCAAUCUGCCCCUUGAGUGGUCUUCCAUCACUUCACUGCCAUUGGAGAGGAGCCCUGAGGCUGGAGGUGGAGAUAACAGGACCUCUCCCAGGACCUGGGGCCAGCUGAGAUACCAGGAUGAGCAGGUAGAGCCAGGGGGCUGGUAACUCUAGGUGACUUUGGGGAGUGGCCAUUGCCAGGUUCUUACUGUCCUUGUGCAGAGGCUUUCCCAGUGGCUGACAGAGGUGGGUGCAGCCCUUGCUGGAGGAGGCUAAACCUCUGUUGGGUGGGGAUCCCCAGACUGCUCCCCAAGGGGAACCAGAUGCUUAGGGAGUUGCUGGCUUGCACCUUCAGUUCAUUUCCUGGAGUCACUUUGAGUGGGGCUAGCAGUGAGCAAACCACAGUCAGUUUGGUGGCUGCCUUAGGAAGCCACCUCAUGCUGGUGUUUCCUUUAACACAGUGCUGACCGUUGGGCAUGGCUGGCACUGGUCACCUCAGCCCUAUUUGCAUUGGAGAACUAGGAUAAAUGCAAGCCCCAUGGGGGGGGGUGACCUUAGCAAGGGACAGUCCAGGGGGACAUUCUAGAGGAAGGCAGUGGUCCAGCCAGGGAAUGACAAAUUCAAGUGUCCCUUAAAUCAACUCCGCAGAAAAUAUGAAUCUAACCAAAAGAACAGACUUCUUAGGUGGUGGUGGUGCACGCCUUUAAUCCCAGUGUUUAGAAGGCAGAAGAAGCAGGCAGAUCUCUAUGAGUUGGAGGCAUGGUCUACAGAGCAAGUUACAGGACAGCCAGGGCUACCUUGAGAAACUUUGCCUCAAAAAGUAAAAUAAAAUAAACAGCAGCAACAAGAAGACAGAUUACCUUUGGAAGCAGAGGUGUAGGCGGGGGGAUGGACGUCCUUGUUUAGUGCCUUGGGUACCACAGGUUUCCGUGUAAGCCACAGGUUUUGGAGUUUGGAUCUCUUGGGAAGGAGGUAGCCUCUAUUGAACAGAGAGGGGACAAACGCGGGAGAAAGAUGGCAGCUCAGGCCGGGUGUUUCCAGCAUCCUCCCCCCACCAAUAGGAUAAGCCCUUAGCUCAGCACAUCGCCAUUUCUUUCACGUGAGGUAUCUUGUGAGGGAUGGAGAGAAAGGUGCCUGCAGAACUCUUAAAGGAGACAACACCACCUCUAGACUGAAUGUGAGUGGUAAUCCUUCCAUGCCAGGUCCACCUGCAUGCCUACUCCCUUCCCCUGGGAGCAGAGAGAUUAGCAUAUCCUGUGCCCAUCCCCAGAGAGUUACACCCAAGGAAACUUGGUAACUACUUGGCCCAGACUCGAGGCCAGGGCUCACCUCCCGGAGGGUAUGUUUGUAGUGUGAAUUGCCAAUGUGUACAAUACCAGGAGAUACUCCACACAUCCAGGGGACCAGCCUUCCCCACGCCCUUUGACAUUUCUUCCAAAGCAUUUAUUGAUCGCAUGGUACAAAUGACGCAGUCUGGAGCCCACGUGUUCAGAUGGUGUCUUACUUACAGACCAUGGCUCUCUGUCUUUUGUGCAGAGCACCACCACAGCUCUCUGUGUGCACUUUGAGACAAAUAAACCACAUUCUUCACAGUCUAC